UCUCAUCCUUCGCUAUCUACCAAUUCCACGGCGACCACUUCCAUCAUCAUGUCCGCAUACGAUCACGACAAAGCCCACGAGAAGUACCAUAAUGUGGAGGUCCGCUCGGCCUCCUCUGACGACCGCGAGAAGGGCUUCACCGGCAACGUGAAGCUGCACGACGAGGUGUUCGGCGACAUCAAUGAGGACGGGCCCAACUACCGCGGUCUCAGCGACCUCGGCGCCAUCGUGAUCAUGACAAAAGCCAUGAUCGGGUUGGGUAUUCUGUCCAUCCCAUUCGUUUUCAUGGCUGUCGGCCUGGUGCCCGGCAUCAUGGUGAUCAUCAUGAUCCAGAUCAUGAUGACCUGGGCGAACUGGCAGGUUGGACAGACAAAACUCCGCCACCCCGACGUCUGGGGUGUAACUGAUGUCGGGCGCAAGCUCUACGGCCGUGUUGGCGAGGAGUUCCUCAGCAUCGCGUUCCUCCUCUCUGACAUGAUCUUCAUCGCUGGCUCCGCCAUUCUUGCCGUCUCCACAGCACUGAACGCUAUCUCAUUGCACGCGACGUGCACGGCCGUGUUCGUCGCUGUGGCGGCCGUCCUCGGUUUCGCGCUCACUUCGAUCAAAACUCUGCAGGAAGUUUCGUGGCUGUCGUGGGUGGGCGCGAUCUCCAUCCUGGCCGCGCUCCUCAUGAUGGUUGUUGUGGUUCCGCUUCAGGACCGCCCCGCCGCCGCUCCCCAGACCGGACCGUGGGACAAGGACCUGAAGAUCUUCAACAAUCCCUCCGUGGCCGACGCUCUGAGUGGCGUCUCGACCGUUGUCUUCUCGACAGCAGCCAUCCCCGCGUUCUUCUCCAUCGCUGCCGAGAUGAAGAACCCCCACGCGUACACCCGCUGCAUGCUCAUCUCUGAGGGUCUCGCUACUGCGUUCCUCGUCCUCGUCGGCACCGUCAUCUACUACUACUGCGGUCAGUACGUGGCUGUGCCCGCGCCUGGCUCUGCCGGUGUUCUUUUCAAGCGCAUUUGCUACGGCAUCGCCAUUCCGGGCCUCGCCAUGUCGUUGUGCAUUUACGCCCACGUGGCAGCUAAGUACAUCUUCGUCCGCACGCUGCGCGGUACCAAGCACCUGGCCACGAACACGAAGCGUCACUGGAUUACGUGGUUCAGCUGCACUGGCGGCGUGACCAUCAUUGCGUACAUCAUUGCCUCCGCCAUCCCCAUCUUCAGCACCCUCUGCUCGCUGGUGGGCGCCCUUUUCGGCUGCUUCGUGUCCGUGUGUCCCAUGGGCCUCAUGUGGCUCAAGGACAACUACUGGGGCAACCCCAACAAGACCAUGAAGUCCCACCUCGGUGCAGCCUGGGCGGGCUUUGUCUUCCUUGCGGGCAUCUUUAUGACUAUCGGCGGAACGUACGGCUCCGUUGUGGCCAUGAUCAAUGCGGGCUCUGCUGGCCAGCUCUGGUCGUGCGCCGACAACUCGGGGUCGGUCGCGACGUCCUAGGUGCGCACGUCUGUUCAGACAGUAGGUUAUUGGAGAGUAAGCUAGCAGGGUUGUUUAAAUCGUUGUCGAAAGACGUCCGGGAGUUGUAGUGCUAGCACAGGGCAUGGGUGAUUACGAAUGAAUGCUUAUCAUGUG